AGCCUGCACAAUUUUUAGAAUGCUCCGCAGAUGAAAAUGGCGGCCUCCGUUCAGGCGCUUCCUGCUCGGUGCCUCGCUUAGCUUCGCUCUUCUCAACCUUCGCUGCAAGAACGUUUGUCCUGUUGGCGGAUGAAGCUAAGGAGUGCUUAGUGACCACAGCGUGGUAGGCCUGUGAAAAGCAGAUGUCCAAACGCAGAGCUGCCUGAUUUUAUGACAAGGAGCAAGAAGCCAGCUUUGCACCACAGAUCACGAACUUCGAGGUACUCGAAGCCGGCAUACGUUUUCUUAUCGGGGCUGCAGGCAUUGACGUUCAGAUCAAAGCUGCAGAUCUGAGAGCUUUGCAGUCUGAUCAUCUGCUUGUUCCUAGGCUACAGCCUGUAGAUUCUUUUAUGCAACCUAAAAUCGAGAUUUUCUUUAGCAUAGGGGCAUUCGUUGAUCAAGGAGACGUUUCCAGCACAGUCGAAUAAGGACGAGGAUGAGGGUCAGGCAUGUGAUGAACAAGCAUGGCUCUGGGUUGGAGCAGUCUGACCAAGCGGCCACCCCCAGUGCUUCAAACCCUGAAAACAAUGCAGAGCUUCUGGCUACAGAGUUGGCCAAGGAGCAGGAAAUUGAGCUUGUGGAUAUGCAAGCCCCCUCACAGCUUCCUCAAAACGAAGGAACUUCCAUGUUGGCCCCAAAGGAGGAAGACUUGAUCGCGCCUGAAUCUCCAUGGACUGGUGACAUGAACUUAUCAAAACUUGGCCAGACCGUCGAGAAGAGCUACUCGGCCCUGCUCCACAGCCCCGACAAGUGGUACUCCCUCAACAAGCUCCUCAACCAGAAGGGCGGCCGCGACAUCCUCUUCCGCAUGGAAGACGUCAUCAAAGAACGCGGCCUCGCCCCCGUGCGUGAAGAGUUCCUGCAGAUCAAGCCGCAGGUCAACGCGGACCUCAUCUGGUCGCUGCACCAGCCGCUGUUGUCGCUCAUGCUCUUCAUCCUGAAAGAACAGAACGACAUCCACAGGAAACUGAUCCGGGUCCCCGAGCUCAAGAGCGACAUCUGCAAGGCCAUGGGCCUCGGGCGGCCGUCCAAGGUCAAGCCCGCGCCGCCGCCCAAGCCGAAGCUCGAGCGGCAGCCCAAGAUGGUCACGAAGCCGAAGGGGCUGGCCACCGGAGAAAAGAAGUUGAAGAAGAAGGUCCCCAAACCCGAUCCGCUACGGACUCUGUUGUAUCCCCCCAGCGGCGCGGGGGCUGCAUAUGAGGACACUAAGGGGGGGGACCAGGAAGCAGGGGCGUCCGGGUUUGCCUUAGGCACCCCCCCGGCCAAGAAACUGAAAACGGGCGAUAAGCUGACGGAUAGUCAGACGCUCCACCAGCUGAUCGCAGCGUCCCAGGAACGUGACCGGUCGGGGAAGUUUGCGCCGGGGUUUUCCCCGGUCGCCGCGUUGAAGCUUAAGAAAAAGAAGGUCACGAAGCCGGGGGCCGACAAAGGCCUGGGGAAAGGCCUCGGGAAACGGCUGGGUAAAAAGACGGAGAAAGCGGCUGAAAACGGGGCUUCUAUCAAGAAGCUCGCUAUAAGCUCCCCGAAAACGUCAUCCCGGAAGCAGCUAACCCCCCGGCGCGCUCCCCCGGCCGACGGCGGCGACGGCGCGGGGCCGUCCACGUCAGCCGAGCCCCGCGCGCCGCGUGUCGAGCCCGUCUCCCGGGAGGACGCGGAGAUCGCGGCGCUCGUGUGCGCGCUGCGCACGCGCGGGGAGAAAGAGGCGCGCGUGUUGGAGGCGAUGGCCGUUCCGGAGCUGGACGAGCGGAUUGGGGAACUAGAGGCGGCGCGGAACCGCACGGACGCGGAGUUGGUGCAGCUGCGCGCGCGGCGGCGGGCGCUGAUUGGGGAGGGCGACGAGGAGGCGCGCGAGCGGGCGGUCGGGGAGAGCGUGAGGGCGGCGCGCGAGCGGUGCCUGCGGGCGAUCCGCGACUUGCUCGACGUGCUCCCCUCGACCACGGAGACGCCCCCGCUCGCGCUGUUCAACGAGCUGGAGCGCACGGGCGACUUCGACGCGACCCUGGGCGCGCUCGCGCGCAACCAGCGCACGCACUUGCAGCGCGAGUGGAACCGCAAGAACGAGCUCGCGACGGGGGCCAAGCGGGCGGAGAUGGAGGCCAUGUAUCAGAAGAACAAAGUCCGGCGGCAUCUGGGCAUUCCGCCCGCGGACAGCGCAGCGGAUCAGCCCGCCGAGUACGACGCCAUCUUCGUCGCGUUUCAGCAGAAGCUGACGGAGCUCCAGCAAGAGAUGGAGCGGCAGGUGAAGCUGCUCGACGAUACGGAGAACGGCGCCAAGCAAGCGUGGCUCGCAUACAGGGAGGCAGCAUAAAGUAUCUCGGCGGAGGGGUAUUUAUUGGAUACGCGCGGACCCCUCCAUUUGGAAGCCGCUUUGCAGCCGAUGAAGAGCUUGAAAGAUGAGCAGCCGUAAUUGACGGUAGCGCAUGCACAAGAUUAUCGGUUUGAAAAUGAUUGGUACGGCAAAGCUGCUCCAAAUGUUACCAGGUCUCAACACUGUCACCCUGGUCGAAUGAACUUCACGUGUCUGACCAGCCCAGGACGCUAAAAUCAAACACUUUCGAUACGUAAUUGCGGUAGCUGUUUAAGCAGUGAUAGCUGGUGAGAUACAAGGUAUAGAACAUUGAAACUGAGUUGUCUACGCUUCUGUCUGCUUUACGACACUGCAGCCAUUGCAUGCCGUC